AUGGCUCGGCGUAUCGUACGAACAGCUGUCAAGCUGCUCAUCGCGACCAUCGUCUUCUCCAUCGCCCUACUCUUCCUCGAUAGAAACUAUCGCGUUUUGCCACCAUCUCUCCACGCGUACAUGCCCCAGCAUCAUCACGGUCACGUCGUCACCGAUAUAACUGUACUUCAGUGUUCCUCCGUCAACCCCUUUUCGUCCUGCGUUCUCGAUCCGGAUGUGUGGCAACGUAUCGACAAGGAUCUCUACCUAGGCAAGGCCUGGGUAUCAACCGCAUACCUCUAUGUUAGGCGAAAGAAGGAAGAAGAUCUAGCGGAUGGCGACAGAGUUGUGAUGGAUCUCUCUGUUGGCCGCUUAGACCCGAGCGCCAACGAAAACGCCAAUACAGAUCCCGACGAAAAAUGGGAAUCUCGCCCUUGCGGUCUCUGGAUCAAGAGGUCCACCAGCAAAUUCGCAAGUGAUUCGGAUAACGCCAUCACGGCCAUUGAUGUGUUAUUUGGGGAUGACUCUGUGGAGGCGCGCGAGGGCUGGAGUAUUGUCGGCACUAGGCUUUUGCUUGAGUCUAGCUCCGGCAUCCCUGGAUCAUAUCUGACCGUACGACGAGGGGUGCCAAACGCCGUACCCAAGCCCGUUCCCCGAAUCAAGGACAAUGGGAAGUUCAAAAUCAUCCACAUCUCCGACCUCCAUCUCAGCACCGGUGUUGGCGCGUGUCGCGAUGCCAUCCCGGACUCUUACCAAGGCCGCAAGUGCGAGGCUGAUCCCCGCACGCUCGAUUUUAUCACCAGGGUUAUCGACGAGGAGAAGCCCGACCUCCUUACGGCAAUCUUCAAGUAUGCGCAGAUUGCGAUUAAGCGCAAGAUCCCGUAUGUGUCUAUCUUCGGUAACCAUGACGAUGAGCAGACUCUCUCGCGAAGCGCCCAGAUGUCAAUCAUUGAAUCCUUGCCCUACUCCUUGUCUGCCGCUGGACCUGCCGAAAUUGAUGGUGUAGGCAACUACUAUAUCGAGAUCCUGGCCCGUGGGCACUCUGAUCACUCUGCCCUAACCCUCUACAUGCUUGAUACACAUGCCUACUCGUCGAAUGAGAAGAAGUACCCAGGCUACGAUUGGAUCAAGCCGAACCAAGUUGAUUGGUUCAAGCGAACGGCGACGAGCCUCAAGCCCGCACAUAAAGAGUAUACACACAUCCAUAUGGAUCUAGCCUUUAUCCACAUCCCCCUUCCUGAAUACAUUGGCGUCAGGAAUUAUUGGAAGGGCGCUUGGAGGGAGUACGUCACGGCCCCGCAGUACAACUCUGGUUUCCGAGAUGCACUCAUCGAGCAGGGCAUCGUCAUGGUCAGCUGUGGACACGACCACGUCAACGAUUAUUGCAUGCUUUCGUCGGAAGGCGAGGAUGACGCAAAGAAGCCCGCGCUCUGGAUGUGUUAUGCCGGUGGGUCCGGGUUUGGAGGAUAUGCCGGUUAUGGUGGAUUCAACCGGAGACUCCGAGUCUUUGAGGUAGAUGCCAACCUUUCACGCAUCACGACGUGGAAAAGAGUCGAGUUUGGAGAACCUGAAGAGUUGGCAAAACGUGUCGAUGAACAAGUGAUUGUGGAUGGUGGUCGGGCUGUUGGGCCUACGAUGGAGGAGGAGGCUGCUGAGAAAGAGGGACCUCCCCUCUAA